AUGGAGUUCGAGGUGACUGAAGCAGCUACUUUGCUCGACCUCGUUGAAAAAGCAGCAAGCUUUCGCCGCACUGCAUCUACGAUAAAGAACGACGCGUCAUCACGAUCACACGCCAUUUGCCGGAUCCGCAUCGAAAACCCAUCUAUGCCGAAUGACGAUGAUGGACUGCUGUAUCUUGUUGAUUUGGCCGGGUCCGAAGCUGCUCGGGAUGUUGCUAACCACACAAAUGACCGCAUGAAGGAGGCUCGUGAGAUCAACACAAGCUUAUCAGUGCUGAAAGACUGCAUCCGAGGCAGGGCAAUGGUUGAUGCGGCGUCAUUGACGGGGAAGCCCAAGAAGCCGACGCAUAUCCCAUUCCGCCAGAGCUCUCUCACCAAGAUCCUCAAGCAUGUGUUCGAUCCCGCUGGCCGGCGUAGCUGUAAAACUGUCGUUGUGGCAUGCGUAAACCCUAGCCUUCUGGACGCCGGUGCCGGUAAAAACACACUGAAGUACGCCGAAAUGCUGCGCGUACUUCUGCCUAAGGCAAAAACUCAGGUUUAUAGUCCCGAUGUUCCUUCUACGUGGUCGAACGAACAACUAAAGAGUUGGAUAAACUCAAACUCCGGAAGCCCUGCAAUCUCGGGCGAGAUCCUUGCUCCGUUCGAGACCGGUGCGCUGCUCCUCCGUCUCCCCACACCAGAAUUUCUCACUCGGUGUCUGAAGAUUCAUGGGGUUACGGAGGAUCAAGCUCGUGCAUUCCAAGCCAAGUUCUGGCGCUUGCAUGUUGAUUCGCAAAAGUCCAGUGCAAAAUUGAAUGAGAUCAAGACCGAAGCUGAACCUACUCAAGAGGGCGUUGGUAGAAAGACGGUUAUGAAUCAAGAAAUGCUGUCAUCAAGCGCUGAUCCUGACCCACAGACUGCUAAAAUGCCUUUCAAAGACAGAAUUCGUCCCGGUAUGGUCGUACGCUGGACUCCGCCAUCGACGUUCCCGCUUGGACUUCCUGGCUUGAACAUGGCUGUUGUUUUGAGUCCCCAACCUGCCGUGGGGCCAAACGUGCGAGAUGUCAGCCGUGACUUAGUCAAUGAUGCAAGCAAAUUCACUGGCGGGGGCAACAAGUACCUCUGUGCGAUGAUUCUUCCUGGGUUUAUGGCUGACUCUUAUGAGUUGAGUAUGUGGCGUCACGUUGUUGUUGACGUUGACCAGAUGGAGGCCGAAGUGCUCUUAGAGUAUGAUGCGGCAACGAGGUACUACUACAUGACAGUCUGA